CCCUGCGAUCUACUCUCUACCACUUCACUUUCAAUCCGUGAAUUCGACUUCCCUUGCCCCGGCCUUUUCUUGUCGCGAGCGCCUCUUGUUGCUCCGUGCCCGAGAACCAAGGCCGUUCUUCACACAUCACAACUCAUACACGUCUCUGCACGAAAAUCACAAAGCAUUUAGUGUAUUGUGUGACCCAACCGCCGUCGCCAAAAAUUCUUCCGGACCUCGACUGCGCCUGAAAUUGCUGUCAGCGCCCAGUCCUAGAGAGCGCCGCCGCCGAGUAACCACUGUAUCUGUCGCGCUUACCCCACAGCUUCGAUCGCAAACGGAAAGCCAUUCUCGCAUUAGAGGAUCGAUCUGCGCAUAUAAUUGCAAGCAGAAACACAAAGUUUACAGUAUGGCGACACAAGACAUCUCUGCGCACGCAACUGAACCUCAGCCGGUGCCCAAGGAAGAGAUUCAAGACGAAUCGCAAUCGCAUUUGGAUGAAGGGAAGCUGAAACAGUUCUUUAUCGGAUCCAUAGAUCAAGGAACUACAAGUACUCGCUUUAUUAUUUUCGACGGUCUCGGUGAGCCCGUUGCCCAGCAUCAGAUUGAAUUUACCCAAAAGUAUCCUCAAUCAGGAUGGCAUGAACACGACCCAUGGGAGAUUAUCGACACCGUGGAACAAUGCAUCGACAGGGCUACAAACAUUUUUUUGGACAAUGGCCACAACAUCGAGGACAUCAAGGCUAUUGGCAUCACUAACCAGCGUGAGACGACAGUGGUGUGGGACACUACCAACGGCCUGCCCAUUUGCAAUGCAAUCGCUUGGCCAGAUACCAGGACCAAGGGAUUGGUGCGUGAGCUGAAGGAUCGCAAGGGUGCUGAUGAGUUGUUGAAUCUGACUGGUCUUCCUCUAUCAACCUACCCGUCAUCGGUCAAAUUGCGAUGGCUGCUUGAUCAUGACGAAAAGGUGAGGAGUGCGUACGAAGAAAAAAGACUUUCGUUUGGCACUAUUGAUUCAUGGAUAUUAUACAACCUGAACGGUGGAAAGGAUGGCGGAAUUCACGUAACAGAUUCAACUAAUGCAUCAAGAACCAUGUUCGUCAACCUGCACACCGUUCAAUACGAUGACAAGCUUCUGGACUUUUUCGGAAUCGACCGUACCAAGGUAAAAUUACCAAAGAUCGUUCCGUCUUCAUCACCAGAUGAAUUCGGUUACAUAAGAACCGGCAUAUUGGAAGGUGUACGGAUUGCAGGGUGUCUCGGUGAUCAAUCUUCGGCUUUGGUUGGUCAACAAGGGUUCACGCCUGGUUCUGCAAAGAAUACGUACGGCACCGGGUGCUUCCUGCUGUACAAUGUUGGCGAAAAGCCUGUUAUCUCUUCGCACGGCCUUCUGGCUACUGUCGCAUACGAUUUUGGCGGGAAACGGAAGCCAGUAUAUGCACUCGAAGGAAGCAUUGCUGUUGCGGGCAGUGGCGUCAAGUUUCUCAUGAACAACAUGGGCUUCAUUACGCAUUCGCACAAGAUUAGCGACUUGGCAGCCUCUGUGGAAGACAAUGGUGGAUGUGUCUUUGUCACGGCUUUCAGUGGUCUUUUUGCUCCUUACUGGAUCGACGAUGCGAAAGGCACCAUAUUCGGAAUCACUCAAUUCACAGAGCGUGGCCACAUCGCUCGCGCAACCCUUGAGGCAACAUGUUUCCAGACAAGGGCAAUUCUUGACGCUAUGGAACUGGAUAGUGGUCACAAGCUUAAUAUGCUUGCAGUGGAUGGUGGCAUGAGCAAUUCCAAUUUGUGCAUGCAGACUCAGGCAAAUAUUAUUGGCAUUCCUGUAGACCGUCCAGCAAUGCGCGAAACUACUGCGUUAGGUGCAGCCAUCGCAGCUGGAUUUGCCGUUGGCGUAUGGAAAGAAUUUGAUGAGCUGAAGGAAAUCAAUCAGAAAGAUCGCAUGAUUUUCAAACCAAACGUGGACAAAGAAGUAGGAGAGAAGAUGUUCAAGAAAUGGGGACGGGCUGUUGAGAUGUGUCGCGGCUGGCUAGAUGCUGGCGAAGCUAAUGGGGAGUUCUCGUAAUUUGCAUCUGUAUUGGAGACUAAUAUAUCCAUAAACGCUUCAGUGCAUUUCUCCUUGCCACCAGGAAGUACGGAGUUGGGAAACUUGCUUCAGAAUACACCAGUUACAUUGUGAUAUGGAUGCCUAUGCUCCAGUUGGGCUACAAAGUAGGUUGACAAUCGACAAGAUAAUGUGGGCCAGGCGGAGUCUUAUAACCGCUUCCAGUAUUGACACUGCCCCAGCACGGCGUGGGAAUGAGAAUUGACAGUAUCGGUAUUGGAUAAGCUAGUUCAAUCCUUCUGUAACAUUGCCAUCCACAUGUGUACUACCUCA